ACCAACAUAUGCGUCAUACCCGUCACCGGACCAUGAACCCGUAUCAUCAUCACGCCUGUUUUUCAAACCAAUUUACACGCUCCUCAAACCUCCUCCAUCUAAACUUCAACAACAUUUUCCGGCAACUUUAAACACUGCAUCAAUCAUCAUCCACGAGAUUCAUAAAUUCAUUCACCAUCUGGUAUUCCCAACUUUUGUUAAACAAAAUGUCAAGAACGACGUCGUAUUGGUGCUACAGAUGCACACGCUUCAUCCGAUUACCUUCCGAAAACACCGUAGUGUGCCCGUACUGUGACGGAGGAUUCGUUGAAGCCGUUGAGCCCAACGAGCCUCCGCCAGCCGCGAUGUACAUGCUCGGAAACACCGACCGGUCAGAUCCGCGGCCGCGUCGUAGAACAACGCGGCCGCAGAACAAUAAUGACCGGUCGCCGUUUAAUCCGGUCAUUGUUCUUCGCGGUGGCGUUCAAGAUAGGGGAUUUGCACUUUAUUACGACGACGGAGCAGGCACCGGUUUGCAACCGUUGCCUGCUACGAUGUCCGAGUUUCUUAUGGGAUCCGGAUUCGAUCGGUUGCUUGAUCAGCUGUCACAGAUCGAGAUGAACGGCUUCACCCGGUCCGUACAUCAUCCUCCGGCUUCAAAAGCAGCUAUAGAAUCAAUGCCAACUAUUGAGAUAUUGGAUUCUCAUGUGACAAUGGAACAACUUCAUUGUGCUGUAUGCAAAGAAGAGUUUGAGGUCAGAUCUGAAGCGCGUGAGAUGCCGUGUAAGCACAUCUACCACUCGGACUGCAUUGUUCCUUGGCUUGCGAUACGGAACUCGUGUCCGGUGUGUAGGUAUGAGCUUCCUACGGAUGCAACAGAUUCUAUAAAUUCGAGUAAUUUAGAACGAGUUGACAACGAGUCCACAGCAGUUGGAUUGACGAUAUGGAGAUUGCCUGGAGGUGGAUUCGCCGUUGGGAGAUUCUCAGGUGGUAUCAGAGCGGUUAAUGGUGAGCGGGAGCUUCCGGUUGUGUAUACAGAAAUGGAUGGUGGAUUCAACAAUUCCGGUACUCCGAGGAGGAUUAUGUGGGAAACUAGACGGAAUGGUGUAGGAAAUAAUGGAAUUAGACGUGUUUUUCGCAAUGUUUUUUCGUUUUUUGGUAGAUUAAGGCCAAAUUCUAAUUCCAAUUCCAUUUCUGGUGGUGGCUCGGUUCCAGGAAGCCGGAGUUUAUCUAGCUCGGUUUUUGGGCGAAUGUCAAGAAGACGAUCCAGGACUUGGAUUUUGGAUGAACAACAUGGUAUGUCUAGAUGGUAGUAUCUGUUUGCAAUUGAUGUUCCAAAAUUGUUGAAUGAAAUAGAAGAUAAUCGCGAUCUUCGGUCACAAAAACAUAUCCGCAUUGUAAAUAAAUAUGGGGGCAAAUUGAACCCUAGACAUGAUGAAUGCAUGCGAGGAGAGGUUAGUAAUUAGUAGUAUGUUGUUUUGAGAUCUAAACUAAUGACAUUUUGCUGAAAUUAAAGGUAUGGAUGUUGAUUUUGUUUGUAGUUGAUAUGGUUAA